AUCAAUGAGGAGCGGUUGGCGGUUGGGAAGGGGCCGGUUGGGUUUGUGAACCCCGUGCUGUAUGCGCAUCCCGAGGUGUUGAAUGAUGUUACCAAUGGGACGAAUGUGGGGUGUGGCUCGGAGGGCUUCAGUGCCAUCAAGGGAUGGGACCCGGCGACGGGGCUGGGAACGCCGAACUACCCCAAGAUGAAGAAGUUGUUCUUGUCGUUGCCAUAG